AAUCGGAUGAGUUUGUUCGCGCUGCUUCCUUCUCCAUCAAUAGUUUAGGGAACUAAUUAACUUCCUUUCAUCUUAUCGACUUCAUCUCCUUCCUCUCGAUCUCUCUUUUCUCUUUACUGUUUGAUCCGCUUCAAGCCUUCUGGCUCCAUAUUUCCUUUGCGAGCUGCAGAAAUGGAUGAGGAAUACGACGUCAUCGUGCUCGGAACAGGCCUGAAGGAAUGCAUCCUCAGUGGUCUCCUCUCCGUUGAUGGCCUGAAGGUUCUUCACAUGGAUAGGAAUGAUUACUAUGGUGGAGAAUCAACAUCGCUUAAUCUAGUUCAGCUCUGGAAGCGAUUUAGAGGUGAUGAAAAACCUCCUGAAAGUCUGGGCUCAACCAAGGAUUACAAUGUUGACAUGGUCCCUAAGUUUAUGAUGGCUAACGGUGCUCUAGUCCGUGUGCUCAUCCACACGAGUGUGACGAAAUAUCUUAACUUCAAGGCUGUUGAUGGAAGUUUUGUUUACAAUAAGGGGAAGAUUUAUAAAGUGCCUGCUACAGAUGUUGAAGCACUAAAAUCCACUCUUAUGGGGCUCUUUGAGAAACGCCGUGCUCGAAAGCUGUUCAUUUAUGUUCAAGAUUAUGAUGAGAAUGAUCCCAAAUCUCAUGAAGGACUAGACCUCAACAAAGUCACAACUAGAGAAGUUUUUGCGAAAUAUGGGCUAGAUGACAACACAGUUGACUUUAUCGGGCAUGCUUUGGCACUUCACACGAAUGAUGAUUACCUGGACAAGCCUGCCAUUGACACAGUAAAGAGAAUGAAGCUAUAUGCAGAUUCACUUGCACGCUUUCAAGGUGGAUCUCCUUAUAUUUACCCUCAAUAUGGGCUUGGAGAACUACCACAGGGUUUUGCUCGUCUUAGUGCUGUUUAUGGUGGCACCUAUAUGCUCAACAAACCAGAAUGCAAGGUUGAGUUUGACCAAAAUGGAAAAGCAUAUGGAGUUACAUCUGAAGGAGAGACUGCAAAGUGUAAAAAGGUUGUCUGUGAUCCUUCCUACUUGCCUGACAAGGUGAAAAAAGUUGGAAGAGUAACACGUGCUAUUUGCAUAAUGAGUCAUCCCAUUACAGAUACCAAUAAUUCAGACUCAGUGCAGAUCAUUCUUCCACAGAAACAAUUGGGCCGCAAAUCUGACAUGUACGUUUUCUGCUGUUCUUAUUCUCAUAACAUAGCUCCAGAGGGAAAAUAUAUUGCAUUUGUUUCAACUGAAGCUGAGACCGACCGACCUGAGGUUGAAUUGAAACCUGGAAUGGAUCUGCUUGGACCUGUAGAUGAAACCUUUUUUGAUAUAUAUGAUAGAUAUGAGCCAGUGAAUAAUAGUCAGAAGGAUAGUUGCUUCAUUUCAACAAGCUAUGAUGCAACAACCCAUUUUGAAUCAACCGUUCAAGAUGUGAUAUCCAUGUACAGAAAGAUAACCGGGAAGGAGCUUGAUUUGUCUGUAGAUCUCAGCGCAGCCAGUGCUGCAGCUGAAGAGUAAAAUACAUGAAUACCUUUGAUGGUCGAGUGAUGGAAUUCUGUGAACUCUUUGUUUGAAUACUGUGAGUUCAUUUCAGAAAAUUAUAUUCAAAUUUCUCCUGAUCGAAACCUCAUUUGUUCAAGACAGCAAUUAGCUUCUGUCUCUUAUGAAAUUCUUGUGCUUAUAUGGCAGUUAUUUGUUCCAUAAAGUUUACAACUGUAACAAUAAGGAUGCAAUUGCUUCAAUUUGUGUUUAAAUGGAGGAUGCAAUGCGGAUUUAAACUCUGUACUUUGAAUAAUUAUCAUACUGCCAACCUUUUCAUGC